AUGUUGGUUCCUUAUCAAAAGCCAGCCCUAACUCUCUCAUCAAAGCAGCCCUCAAUAUCAACCCCGGAUACAAAUGGCGCACCACCACACGCCCUAUCCAAGAACAGCAACAACCACCCCAUCCCAGCCAAAGGUAAACCCAAGAAUCUACCACACCACCCACACACGCACCCCAAACCAGCCGUCCCCCAUUCCCACCAAAACCAACACCCAAACGCCAACUUCGGCAUAUCCUACUCCCCCUACAAAGCAGACCGCACGUGCAAAAACCAAGAAGAAGUAAACCAAGACCUAGACCGAAUCUCCUCAUACUCCUUCAUCCGCAUCUACGGAACAGACUGCGACCAAACCAAAACCGUAACGACCGCCGCCCGCCGCCACAACAUGCAAGUCUUCGCCGGCGUCUACGACCUAACCAACUUCCCCUCCAGCCUCAACGCCUUCAGCGAAGCAAUAACAGAUCCAAACGGCAAAAAAGACUGGUCAAUCUUCCACACAAUCGCCGUAGGCAACGAGCUCGUAAACGGCGGCACCAACUCCGCCACCGACGUCGCAGCCGCCGUACAAACCGCCCGCUCCAUACUUCGCGCACAGGGGUACACCGGGCCCGUCGUCACAGUCGACACUUUCUCCGUGCACCUCGACCACCCGGAACUCUGCCGCGUGUCCGACUACUGCGCGGCGAACUGCCAUGCUUUCUUCGACGCCACGCAGCAGCCUGCCGGCGCCGGCGCGUAUGCGCUCGAGCAGGCGCGUAGUAUCUCGGCUGGGGCUGGGGGGAAGCGUACUAUGAUUACGGAGUCUGGGUGGCCGCAUGCUGGGGAUGCGAAUGGGGGCGCGGUUCCGUCGAAAGAGAAUCAGUUGGCGGCGGUUGAGAGUUUGAGGAGGAGUUUUGAGCAGAGGAGGGGGGAUUUGGUGCUUUUUACGGCUUUUGAUGAUUUGUGGAAGGAUGAUAAUAUGUAUACUUUUAAUGCGGAGAAGUUUUGGGGCAUUCAUGGAGGGUUGUAG